CGUUCGAGGCAGGGUCGACGGUGGUUGCUAGCACGUGUAAAGUGGCGGGCCGCUGGCAGUGUUGAGAGAAGCAGAUAGAUCGAGUUUCGAAGUUUCGUGUCUCCCGGUGGUGAUUCUGUUGUGAUGGCGAUGGCAGGCGUGGUGCGUUGGGCGAUGCUGGUUGUGCUGUUGGGCGUCUGCCUGUUGGCUGCUGAAGAAUACUGGAAAUUUACUGCGACGAAUAAUGUAUCAAAUACGAGUUGCACAAUUUGGGGAAUAACCCGCUGCACUAGUGCCACACUUCCCUCCACACCGCCCACUUGCACGCUCGCCCGGGCGUCGUCGGGGCGUCGCGGCCGGCUUAUCGCUGCGGGCGCCGGGGCACCGGCCGAGCAGCGUGCGGCCGCGGAGGGUGGGGUGGGGGCAGCCGUUUCUCAACGCGUGACGCAAUGGCCCCCCGCCGCCGCCGCCGCCGCCGCCGCCGCCGGGGCAACAGCGGCCCACGAACUCCAGAAGACUCUGCCUUCUUUGGGUGACCGCGACGAGAAGUGGGACACGCUGGGAUGGAAUGGGUUGGACACGCGAGAAACGUUACAGGAGUGA